GCCGAGCUGACGUGGCCCCCGGAAGUAGGGCUGCGCGCGUCCGUCAUGUUGCAGCAGGACAGUAAUGAUGAUACUGAAGAUGUUUCACUAUUUGAUGCUGAAGAGGAGGCUACUGAUAGACCAAAAAAAUCCAAAAUCAGAAUGUCACAGGUAGAUUAAUGGUUGGUCUGCGUUGGUGGAAUCAUAUUGAUGAAGAUGGAAAAAGCCAUUGGGUGUUUGAGUCCAGGAAGGCAUCUUCUCAAGAGAGUAAAACUGUUUCAGAAGCGGAGUCAAGAAUCUUUUGGCUAGGACUUAUUGCCUGUCCAGUGCUGUGGGUGGUUUUUGCCUUUAGUGCUCUCUUCUCUUUCAGAGUAAAAUGGUUGGCAGUGGUUAUCAUGGGUGUUGUGCUACAGGGUGCCAACCUAUAUGGUUAUAUCAGGUGCAAAGUGGGCAGCAGAAAGAAUUUAACCAGUAUGGCAACUUCUUACCUUGGAAAGCAGUUUUUAAGACGAAGCACUGGAAAUGAUCAGACUUCAUGAAGGCUGAGAGAAAAUUUGUGUUUCGUUACAUUGGGAAAUAAAUGAAGAGAUUCUUGACUGAACCUUUUAGAGCUUAGUAAAUUGUUGUAAAGAAGAGUGCUGGUUUGUUCUUCCACUUUAAAAGUUAACAAAAAUUUUUUUUCAAAUGUUUUUUCUAGCUUGAAAGUAUAAUUCUGUUAAAAAUUGUCAAUGUUUGAUUCAUGGCAUAGAUUUGUAUAUGUAUAGUCAUGUAAUAACCAUAUAUUCCAAAUUAAUGAGAGUGUGUAUUUGUGUACAUAUAUAAUAAUGACCUUUGCAUUUUGAUCCAUAGAACAUAGAAUCUGUUCUUAGGCUGUCUCAAAAGUCUUUAUGUUUACAUAUUAUUUCUAUAGAAUAUUUUCAGAAAAAAGUUUUGGUUUUAUGGUAAGAAGGAGCACUUUGAUUUAUGUAUGUGUGAAGUAAUUGUUAAUGUUACAACUUAAUAUAUGUGUAACAUGGUGAAAGUUCUCAUCCUAGUCAUUCACAGGCAGGUGAAAACAAAAUUUUGUCCAGUUCUGUUAGCUAGUUCAAACAUUUUAUUUAUUUUUAUUUGUAACAAAUAAAGUCAUGUUCUUAAGGCUCAAUUAAUAUAAGUGGAUUUUUUCGUAGGUUUGGUUUAAGGAAUACCUAGUGAUUGCUGCUCUUCUUUGGAUUUUUUGGAAAGAAAGCUGAUUUUACUUUGAAACUUCCUAGAAACUCUUGAGUGGUCCUUAGCCUAAUGAAUUCUAUCUUUUACCACUAAAAGAGUAUUUUUCUUAUGUCAUAUUGAGCAUAGUUGUAAUAUUUGGCAUAGUGCCACAGAAACAUUUUAUUAAUCUAUUUUUCUUGUUAUAAUUGGGAUAUUAUAAAUCAUGCAUUUGUAUUAAUGGUAUUUCUUUUAGAAAUCAAUAAUUAUACAGUGGAACUGUUAAAGGCAUUUAAAUUCUCUUGUAAGUGUAUAUAAAUUUUGUUGGACUAUUAAAUAAUAGAUUAUUUUAUGUGUAUUUAUACAUUGUUGCAAUUUUUAAGAGAUUUUCAUUUUAUUGAAUCAGUGUCUGUUGGAGUGAUAGCUUUGAAGGUGCAUAACUUUAUAUUUAUAUAAAACUCCUGUUUACAAAACACUUUUACAUGUGUAAUUGCAUUUACUCGUCAUAAAAACCUGUUACAGGUUGAACCUACUUACAUAUAACAAGACAGAACUUUAGAUUUUAGUUUAUUCCUUUCCCAGGAAAACAUAGGAAGGCUCAUUGGGCUAUAUUGCUAAUACUACAGGAAAUAUUUCUGUAUAGGAGAUAAGACUUUCUUUCUGAGGGAUUAUUGAUUUAGUAAAUGCUAGUGUGUUAUUUUAAUUAUACUCCUAAUUGUUAUUCCUAGUAAUAAAAGUUAAUGCUGUGUAAAGACUUGCUUUUGUUUGAUCUGAAAGAUCUAAUAUCAGUCUCUAGAGUUGAAAGUUUAACAAAGAAUACAUUGUUA